AUGCCUGACGAUGGGGUUAGCUCUGUAUUGAGAAGCGUUACGGAAUGGCUCAACGACAGCUCAUGUACUCCCCCCAUCAGUGAACCUUUAACGGCCAUCGAGAACUGUCAGUCGCGUUUUGUGAAUGCGGACAUCCAAGGAGGGCAACUGUCGAAGAAGCGCAAGAGAGCGCCAAGCCCUAUGAGCACAAUGAGCGAUCCUAUUAUGCGAUCUCCUCCGAAAUCCAGCAGUAGCACGACUUCCAGUCGAAGUCGCAGCCCAGUGAAACGUAUAAGGAAGGCUGCAGUAAAUAUACCCAAGGAGAUGCGCGAGGAUUUAGAAAGACAUCCUGUUGCCAGACGGAACUUGAAUCAAGUUACGUGGCAAGAGGAUCAUCGCCAUUCGCUUUCCGAGAUCCGAGACUUCUGGAUAAAGGUCCAGAGCAUUGAAGAAGCGGCAACUAUAUGUUCAAAAGAGGGUCGGUCGGAGGACUCUUGGAGUGAUGAUGUUGUCCUCGAAAUCAUUAGACUGGCUCUCAGCUGGUCGGGCUUGAGAAACAAAGUGAUGUUGGCAAAUCUUAAAUCCGUCGGUGUGGACCAGCCAGCCCUCCUCCCUAUGCGUAAUCUCCACCGCGUCGUCCCCAACAAGAUUGACUAUGGUUUGCGUCUGCAACCUGAUGCUGAGGAGGAAGUUAUGAUCGAGAACGUCCUUCGGAAUAUGAGCGACGAACUGCCUAGCAUCAGUCAGUCAGCUGUUCCUAUGCUUCGCAAACGAGCCCUCUUCUACAACCUGGAAAUCAAAAAGCCCUAUGGAAACAAAGAUCCCGUACCGCAACUUGGGGUGUGGUCGAUAGCAGGAUUGACAAAAUUGUCGAACCUGGCGCGAGAGUCCCACAAGAAGAUCGGAGAAACUACGAUGCUCGAGGAUCCGGAGGUGCCUGUUCUUCCGAGCUGGAGCGUGGAAGGCCACCGGUGGCAAUUCUACCUUGGAAGGAGAUGCUCAUCUGCGGAAACAGUCAUUCAAGGACCUUUUUGGAAUUACGAUACCAGUUCUGUUGUCGAGAUUAUAUUUAUUGUGAAUACCUUGUGCGAAAUACAUCGCUGGGGUAACACGACCUUUCGGAAAUGGCUGCUGACCGUUAUAUCUGGACUGCAAACAGAUUGA